AUGUUUUUGAGUGGCCAAGCUGGGCAGCGACUUCCCACCAUGGCCUCUCCGCCCCAUAAUUACCAUCCGGCUUCCGCAAGUCCUAGCGACGCUGGCCGCUCCAGAAACAAUUCAGAUGCCAUGGAUAUCAAUGUCAUCACCGAUAGGGAUCCUGAAGAACGAGGCCGCUCGGGCAGUGAUGGCCCGCCGAGUAUGGAGUCUUCGAAGAAUCAUAAGACCAGUGUCAACACUUUUUCCUACCUGGAGAAUGGGCGGGCUUAUCAUAACUACCGCAAAGGAAUCUACAUGCUUCCGUGCGAUGAGGAUGAACAGGAUCGUCUCGACAUCUUUCACAAGUUAUUCACGGUAGCGAGAGUGUCGGAUGGCUUGAUCUAUGCCCCGCAUCCCACCAAUGGUCGUUUCCUGGAUUUGGGAUGCGGAACUGGAAUCUGGUCGAUUGACGUGGCCAACAAAUACCCCGAUGCGUUUGUUGUAGGCGUGGAUCUCGCCCCCAUACAGCCUGCCAACCACCCGAAAAACUGCGAUUUCUAUGCGCCAUUUGAUUUCGAAAGCCCUUGGGCCAUGGGGGAGGAUUCGUGGGAUCUCAUCCACAUGCAGAUGGGCAGCGGUAGUGUCGCGAGCUGGCCAAAUCUUUACCGGAGGAUUUUCUCCCAUCUCCGUCCCGGCGCCUGGUUCGAACAGGUCGAGAUCGAUUUCGAACCCCGUUGCGAUGGUCAUCGCUCCAUGGAUGGUACGGCCCUCCGUGAGUGGUAUGAUUACCUGAAGCUAGCCACCGCGCAAGCCAUGCGACCCAUAGCCCACAACUACCGCGAAACAAAAAAGGACCUGGAAGAAGCUGGCUUUACUGAAAUCAACCAUCAGAUAGUUGGACUUCCCCUGAAUCCUUGGCACCACGACGAACAUGAAAGAACGGUGGCUCGUUGGUACAACCUGGCUAUUUCUGAGAGUAUACACUCUCUCAGUUUAGCCCCCUUCAGUCGCAUUCUUGGCUGGCCCCUUGAUAAGAUUGCAGAAGCUGCAGCCAAUGUCAAGUCCGAAGCCUUCAACAAAGAAAUCCACAGUUAUAACAUUUUGCAUAUCUAUCAAGCACGAAAACCGGUCGCUCGCGAAUAA